AUGGCAGUGUAUUACAAGUUUAAGAGUGCAAAAGAUUAUGAUUUAAUCCCAAUGGACGGGCCCUUUAUAUCGGUUGGUACUUUGAAAGAAAAAAUAUUUGAAUCAAAGCACCUGGGCAGGGGUACAGACUUCGAUCUGGUGGUGACUAAUGCCCAAACUAAUGAAGAGUAUCUUGAUGAAGCAUCGUUAAUUCCAAAAAGUACUGCUGUGUUAAUUCGCCGAGUUCCUGGUCGCCCUCGCAUGCCCAUUGUAACUGAGCAAGAACCAAAGGUGGAAACUAGGGCAGAGGAUAUCCCACAAGAGAAAAGUGGCUUUGCAGGUGCUGAAUCAUCCACUUUUAAAUAUACUGAAGAGACCGAGUGGGAUGAGUUUGGUAAUGACUUAUAUGCAAUCCUGGAAGUUGCACCAGUACAAUCAAGCAUUCCGCCUCCUGAAGCUCCUCCUGCUAGCAAGGCUGAGGAGGAAUCCAAGAUUAAAGCCUUAAUUGAUACUCCGGCUUUAGAUUGGCAGCGCCAAGGUAAUGAUGGCUUUGGCCUUGGUAGAGGUUUUGGCCGGGGGAUGGGUGGUCGAAUGGGUGGACGUGGCUUCGGUAUGGAGAGGAAAAAUCCACCGCAAGGUUAUGUGUGCCACAGGUGUAAGGUACCAGGACAUUUUAUUCAGCACUGCCCCACCAAUGGUGAUCCAAAUUAUGAUAUCAAGAGAGUAAAACCUCCCACAGGAAUCCCAAAGUCGAUGCUAAUGGCAACACCAGAUGGCUCAUAUGCAUUGCCGAGUGGUGAUGUUGCUGUUUUAAGACCAAAUGAGGCUGCAUUUGAGAGAGAAAUCGAAGGAUUGCCCUCCACGAGACAUGUUGGCGAUCUUCCACCAGAACUUCAUUGUCCCUUGUGCAAAGAAGUUAUGAAAGAUGCUGUGCUGACAAGCAGGUGUUGUUUCCAAAGCUUUUGUGACAAAUGUAUUAGAGAUUACAUUAUCUCGAAAUCAAAGUGUGUCUGUGGGGCAACAAGUAUUCUUGCAGAUGAUCUUCUUCCGAACAAGACUCUUAGGGAUACCAUUAAUCGUAUCCUAGAGUCGAGCAACAAUAGCACUGAUAAUGCUGGAAGCACUUUCCACGUUCAAGAUAUGGAGUCAGCUCGUUGUCCACAGCCCAAGUUUCCUUCUCCCACACAGUCUGCUGGAUCAAAAGAAGAGCCAAGGCUGCCUCCUCCGUCUUCUGAACCAACCACUACGCAUAAUAUCAAGCUAACGACGGUUGAGGAGAAGCCUGUUCCUGGACCUGUUCCCCCACUAGCUGUCGAGAAGCCAAGAACUUCAAAGGUGGUUGAUGCAUCAGAGGCUACACAUGAGUCGAUGAGUGUGAAGGAGGCAGCAGCAUCACAAGGUAGCGCUCCCCUCAUGGAGGAAGAAGUGCAGCAGAAGCUUGCUCCUGGUGAUGCAGCGAAAAAAAAGAAAAAGAAGAAAGUCCGUAUGCCUUCAAAUGAUAUGUGGAAGGCUUCUCACGAUCUUGGACCCGAGAAUUUCAUGAUGCCUAUGCCCCCUGCUGCAUUCAAUCCUUAUAUGAUGGGCGGGAUGCAACCACCCGCGGUGGACCAAUAUAUGAAUCCUUAUGGUGGUGGUGGUCCAAUGCCGUUUAUGGGUUACGGCCUCGGCCCGUUGGACCUGCCUCCUUUUGGAGGUAUGAUGCCACCGGAUCCUUUUGCUCCGCAAGGGUUUAUGAACAAUAUGAUGCCAAUGAUACCACCUCAGAGGGAUCUUGCUGAGUUGGGUAUGGGUAUGGGAAUGGGGAUGGGGAUGAAUCAUGGUCCUCCAGCAAUGAGCAGAGAAGAAUUCGAGGCUCGGAAAGCUGAGAUGAGGAGGCGGCGUGAAAUGGAGAGGCGAGCUGCUGAAAGCCACAGGGAGUUUCGGAGAGAGCGGGAAUUCGGAAGAGAAGUGAGCAGCAGCGGAGCUAACGAUGGUUGUCCGUCGAUGAAAUCUAGGAACAUCCCUCCGACGGGCGAUUCUCACCACCACCGUCACCGACCAUCCCCUGACCGCUCCGCCGACCGGGAUCUCGACGGGCCACCACCACCUCUCCCGCCGCAGCGCUCAUCCAAGAGAAAGUCCGACCACAACGAUCACGGCAGCAGUCGCGAUAAGGAUAAGGAUUGGGACUACGACCAUCACAACCACGAGCAGCGAGACCGGGAAAGAGAUUACGAUCAUUCUGAUCGCGAGCGUGGCGGUGAUCGCGAUCGCAAUCACCACCACCGCAAGCGCUCGGAAUCUUCAGCUAAAACGGCUUCGGACUCGGCAGCAGCUGCCGCUGCAGCAGCUGAGCGUAAGCGCAAAGCGAGUGUGUUCUCGCGGAUCAGCUUCCCGGAGAGAGAAGCGGCCAGCAAAAAGCGGAAGGGGUCUUCCUCCGCCGCUGCUGCAGAAGCAGCUUCUUCAGCUGCUGGUGGAAAGUCCUCUGCAUCGGGCAACGGAUACCACGAUAGGAAGUCAUCUGCGUCCGCUUCCGUCGGUGGUGGAGGCAGGAAGAGCAGCAGCAGCGCAGUAGCGGCGGACUACGAGUCGAGCGACGAUGACGAGAGGCAUUUCAAGAGGAAGCCGUCGAGGUAUGAGCCGUCUCCUCCCCCGCAGCCAGAGGGGGAAGAGGAUGUGAAGCAUUCAUCCAGAAGCAGGAAGCAUAGGUGA